AUGGCAAUCGACGCGAGCUCUGAUUUUGUCAUCCCGACGAUUGACAUUGCGCCAUAUGUCGCCAACCCGGCCUCGGCAGCGGCGGCGCAAGUGAUCGCCGACGUCCGCCACGCCUGCAUGACCACGGGCUUCUUCUCGCUCGUCGGCCACGACGUGCCGGCCGAGCUGCAGCAACGCGUUCUGCAGGCAGCCCGGCUGCUGUUUGCGCUGCCGCUGGAGGCCAAACUGGCGCUGCGACCGGCCGGCAUCCUCAAGAGCCGGGGCUACGAGCUGAUCGGAUCGCAGGCGCUGCAGCCGGAGACUCUGCCGGAUAUGAAGGAGGGUUACUAUGUCGGCCGACACGUUCCUGCCGACGAUCCGUGCGUCUCCCUUCAUCCACAUUUCGUGGGCGAGAACAUCUUCCCGCCGACAUCGGUUAUCGCCUCUGCCGACCUGCGCGAGCCUCUAGAGGAAUAUCACGCGGCCGCGCUGAGCCUGUCACGUACCGUGCUCGACAUCCUGGCCCGCGGCCUGCCGUACGGCGACGACGUCUUUGCCGAGUUCACCUCCAACGAUCCCCUGUGCAGCGUACGGAUGCUGCAUUACCCCCCGACAAACGAGUCGCCAACUUCUGCAUCCCCGAAACAGCUCGGCGCCGGCGCCCACACCGACUUUGGCGCCAUCACGCUGCUAUACCAGGACGACAAGGGCGGGCUCGAGGUGCUCGACCAGGCGACUGAUACCUGGGUCCCCGUCGUGCCCAACCCGGCCGCCUAUAUCGUCAACGUCGGCGACAUGCUGUCGCUGUGGACUCGCGGCGCCUACCGCAGCAACCUGCACCGGGUCAUUAACUACAGCGGUACCGACCGCUACUCGCUGCCCUUUUUCUUCGACGGCAACCUGGACACAAAGCUGAUCCCGCUAGGGACGGAGGACGAGCCGGCGGGCGACGUCCUGACGGUCCAGGAUCACAUGCUGGAGCGGCUGGGCACGACAUUUGAGCGGGCAGAGAGGCAGAAGCAGACCGUGACCGCCUCUGUGUAA